CAAGCCUUAUGCAGCUGCCUGUCAACAAGAUGGCCUUGCUCGACUGCUCUCCAAUGGCUGACUAUUAUGGUUAGCUAUGCAGGGAACCUAGACAUUGUACUUGUCUCCUUAGCCAUAAGCCAUCUGAAAAGUGUCUAAAAUUGACACGAGUAUAAAAAACAGAUGGUUGAUUUACGAUCGGGUUUCCUCAUGUUUGGUGCCCGACAAUAUCCAAUUUGAGUAUGGAUUAGCUAAAUCAAGAUACGCACCGCAGGUAGCUAACGUUAACGCUAACAAGGAUUUAGCCAAAGCUAACAGGCUAGGUUGGUUGAUACCUGCAAUCCGACAUCCUUGUUCAGAUUCCUUCCUUGUUUGGUGCUCUGAAAGGGAAGAGGAAUCAGUUUAUUGACACGUCUACGUGUAAAGACAUUUCAGGACACGCAAACGACACAACAACAACUUACCGAAGGAUUACUUUUUUAGUUUGUAAAUCCACUGGUGCCUGCAAGCGGUGAAGGGCGAAGGAGAAUGUGCGGAGAAGUCCUCGGCAGCCGUCCAACGUAGAGACGCAGAUAUGCUCCUAGCGGGCCCAUUAUGAACCGCGACACCUUCUCCCACAUCCGGCUGUGGUGCCCGCGCCCCUUCGGCACCUACUCGCAGAACAAGCCAUUUGGAGGGGGCACCGCACCUGCCCCCUCGCUCUGCAAGGUAGACGCUGCGGGCAGAACGUCCAUAGAAGGGGGUGGCGUAAACGGGCCAGAGGAUGAUGAUGAGGAGGAUGCCGGUACAGAGAACACCCCUCCGACUUCGGAUAACAACAUGGAGGCCCCACCGCCGCCAGCACCCCCGUCCCCCACCACCACGCAGGUGGAGGACGGCCGGGUUCUGCUGGACACCUGGUAUGUCAUCAAACCGGGUAACACCAAGGAGAAGAUCGCCUUCUUCGUGGCGCACCAGUUUAGUGGCACGGGGCUGCCCAGGCCCAGCGCCAUGAAGGUGAAGGGCAACUGGGCCACCGACUGCACUAAGGCCAAGCGGCGGCGACGCUGCUCCUCCUACGACCCCCCUGUCCGGGCCCCCAGCGAGUCCUCGCCUGCCGACACCGUGCCUGCGGACGAGGGCCUGGGGGGUGUCAGCGAGACGGACCUGCUGUCCGUGGCCGAGAUGGUGGCUCUGGUGGAGCAGCGCACAGCCAUGGCCUUACAGGGCAUGGUGGUCCAGGGGCAGACCACCUCUAUACCCAGCCAUCCCCUCCACCCCCAGGGGAACACCGUCGCCCCGGGCUCCGACUCGGACCCCACCCCGGUGUUCUACAUGUCCGAGGACACCUCCUCUCUGCCGGACUCCAGCAGCGAUCUGGAGCAGCAGGAGCUGGAGGAGCAGCAGCUGAAUGAUAGCCGGCGCGUCGCCCAGGCCGUGGCGCACUUUGAGGCGCAGCAGAGCACGCUGGAGAAUGUGCCCGAGAAAGAUGGGGUGCCCAUCCACCCCGGGGAGCAGAUGGGUGGCGCUCCUCCGACCCACGGCCGGGGCGAAGUCCGGAUUGCCUUCCGAGUGUCUAGCCUGGACUCUCGCUCCCAGUCGGAACCGGCCGGUCGACCCCGCUGUAUGUUCAUGAGCUGCGGGUCGGGCGGAGCUCAGACCGGGGCGCGGUCCAAAGAAAAGAUCACCUGCGACCUCUAUCAGCUGGUCAGUCCUUCAUCUCGAGACCCUGGUCUCCUUUUAGCUGGCUCCCAAAAGGCAGACGCUCAUGGGGACACUCACCCCGACCGGCCCCCCUCAGCCUCCUCCACCCCAGACCCUAACCCAGACCCUGUGGAGAAGAAGAAUGUUUCUCGCGAGCGUGUGACUGGAUUCCACGUGGAGGUAGUGGUCACUGGUGCGGUGGACCAGUGCGUUUUCUACGGUAAGGACAGCACAGAGAAUGUCCAGGAGGAGACGGUGUGUUUCGCCAAACCGGGAGGAGGGGGCGGCUCUUCAGACACCUCGGAGGACCCCCCGCCCGGUCAGCUCUUCUUCCUGCAAUCCCCCACCCCUGAUGAGGAAGUCAUGGGCGUGAAUAGCAGCGGCCUGUGUUCUAUGGACUGCGCUAACAACAACAACAACGGGCCAGCCGGGGGCAAGAGCAGUGGCGGCGGUAACGGGACGGUAAUCGGAGCCGCUGAGCGGCCCGACUCGCCACUCGUGGACGACGGCACGGGCAACUCCGAGUCGUCCUCGCUGUGCCGCCUCUACCGCCACGUCUCGCACGACUUCCUGGAGAUCCGCUUCCAGAUCCAGCGGCUGCUGGAGCCGCGGCAGUACAUGCUCUCGCUCCCCGACCACAUCAUGGUGAACAUCUUCGGCUACCUGCCCACGCGCUCGCUCGCCGCGCUCAAGUGCACGUGCCAUGACUUCAAGGCGCUCAUCGAGACGUACGGCGUGCGCGCCACGGACUCGCGCUGGAACCAGGACCCGUUGUACCGCGACGACCCCUGCAAGCAGUGCAAGCGGCAGUUCGAGCGGGGCGACGUGUCGCUCUGCCGCUGGCACCCCAAACCUUACCACCACGACUUGCCUUACGGACGCUCCUACUGGAUGUGCUGCCGGCGCACCGACAAAGACACUCCCGGCUGUCGCGUGGGCCUGCACGACAACAAUUGGGUGCAGCCGUGCGACCUGGUGCAGACGCGCUCGAAGCGGGACGACGGGAGGUAAAGGGCCGUGGCGGAGUUCGGGGGAGACGGGUUGUUUUUUGUUUUUUCUUGGAGGGAGGGUUGGGUUGGGGAGGUGGAGCUGCGGGGUUCUCAUCACCUUCCUCCUGCUCCGCCUUUUCCUCAUCUCUCCCCAUCCCCGCUGCACCCCGUCUCCCCCAGCCUGCCUGUUUGUACCUCAGAAUGCAACAGUAAUGUCGGAAAGGUCCGGUAUGCCUCCCCUCCUUACCGUCUCUCAGCUGUCUAACCUCGCUAUCAUGUCUGUAUGAGUUCUUUCUUAGCAGUACACCACUCUCUAACACACACAUACACACCUGUAACUAGCAGGCCAAUGCACACAGAAGGUGGAAACGGAGGCUGGUGAAAUUUUGCAAUUAUGUCUGCUGCAUGGGAUAAUUAGAUCUUGGCAUUUACUCGUAAAAAAAAAAAAAAGAGAUGAGUUAGAAAGUUCUUUUCUGGCUUGGAAAUGUCUUGUGGCGUUUGAUUUCUGGAAUCGAUCCCCCCUCUUCCCACCUGGAAAGGGGUUUUAAAAAAAAGAGCUUAAAGUUUUGCUGUCAAAGACUUGCUAUCUCACGAGGAUGGGGGGGGGGGGGGGGGGGGUCUUGGGAAAGUCUCAACAAGCUGACACUGGGGGGCAUGAAAUGGAGCAAAUUGAUGUCACUUUGCAAAGGCCUGAUGUCACUUUUUGUGAAAAAAAAUAAUGACUGCUCGUCAUAGAUUAUUUUUUUGUUUGGGUGUGAAUGAUUAUUAUUAUUGUUAUUAUUAAAGUUAUUAUUAUUUUUUUGCACCAUUCCUGUUUUUGAGGACUAUGUUCUCCCCCUUUUUAUCCUUUCUUUGUGUGGGUGUUUUUUGUUUCCUUUUCUGAAUUUAUGAUUGCAAGUUUAUUUUUAGACCUUUUUAUUUUUAAUUUUUCCUCACUCCAGAACCUCCUACCUAGCCUCUCUCCUUGCUGGCGGGCAGAGGAAAGCCUUUGCCAAAGCAGUCCGUUUGUGUGUUUUGUCUGUUUUUUGUUUGUUUAGUUUUUUUGCUUCAUGAGGGUGCAAGAGAAGAACAAUGACAGAAAAGAAGACCCAUAGUGAAUCUCAGAAACACCAGCUUCCAGCCUUAACCCCGCUCAUUCCGUUCACUGCCUCCCUUUCAGAGAACUGCUCAAACAGGAGAACGCAGAACUUUCCAUGUCAAUCCCUCGGCUCUGGGGGGGGUUUGGGAGACCGUUGUAGGUUUCAGAGAUGUCCAGUGCUAAUGGGAAAAUAUCUACGUCUAAAAUAAAAAAAAAAGAGAGGUGAUUUAAAACAAAAA